GUAUAGUUUCCAUUUUGAAACACGCUCCGAAACAUGUGAAUCCGGAGUUCCCAACUGCCUAUAUAAGGCGGGUGGGAACGCUAUGAAAAGUGUGCAGACUUUCACAGGAACUGACCAACACGACAUCAUCAAUACGACAAUGAUCGGACAAGCUUUACUUCUAGCGGCGGCUAUUGCCCUGACCUCAGCACAGUCUUUCAGUUUCGGAGGAUGCCCAUCUGCAACCACGCAGCAAAGCUUUGAUCUCAGCCAGUACCUCGGAAUUUGGUAUGAACUUUACCGAUUCCCGACUAGCUACGAGAAGGGACAGAGGUGCAUCACCGCCAACUAUACCCUUCAAGCCAACAACCACAUCUACGUUCACAACGAGGGCUUUGACCCCAAAACAGGCAAACCCUCAAUAGCUAUUGGUGACGCUUAUCAGAAUGACCCCCAGAACUCUCCCUCCAAACUCAAGAUCAGAUUCGCAGCCCACACACCUUACGGAAACUACUGGGUCCUGAAGACAGAUUAUACCUCCUAUACACUCAUUUACUCAUGUAUUGAUAUCCUCGGACUCAGCCAUCUCGAGCAGGCCUGGAUCAUGUCUAGGGAACGAUCUCUUCCUCAGGCCAAGAUUGAUGAGCUGAUGGACGUCUUCAAGAGUUUCAAAAUUGAUACAAAUCACUUUUUGAAAGCUGAUCAAGCCGGCUGUUGAGUACAAUCUUUACAUUGGACUUUCAUUUGCCAUUGUGACAUUGUUUAACAUUUUCAAUCAUCUUAUAUCUUUCAAGAAAUAUUGGCAAGCGGAUUGCUACACAUCCAAAACAACUGAAGAUUCAAUGCUUCUGCAUUAGUGAAAUACAAAUGUACUGUGAUAAUGUUAUGGUUUUUUUACAAUAAAUUCAAAUACGAAUUAA